AUGGGGUUUAAAAACACUUUAUACGUCACUGGUAUAUUCGGUACUCUAGUAAGAGUAGACCUCCCACCAACAAAAACUCCAGAUGGUCCACCAUUUGCAUUUGUUGAAUUUCAAGAUUUAAAAGAUGCAGAAACCGCAUUAGAAUUAGAUCAAAAACCAUUUUCAUUAGAUGAUUCAUCAAUAUUAACUGUUCAAUGGGCAAAAUCUGAACCUCAUCCUUCAGGUGGUGGGUUUAGAGGUGGUCCUCGUGGUGGUUUUGGUGGUCGUGGUGGUUUUAGAAGUGGGUUUGGUGGUCCUCGUGGUGGAUAUGGUUAUCCUUCAAGAGGUGGAUAUGGUUAUGGUGGUCGUGGUGGUUAUGGAGGUGGAUAUGGUGGUUAUGAUGAUUAUGGAUAUGGAGGUGGAUAUGGAGGUGGUCGUGGUGGUUAUGGAGGUCCUCCAAGAGGUGGGUACGGUGGUUAUCCUCCAAGAGGUGGGUAUGGAUAUGGUGGUGGUCGUGGAGGAUUUAGAGAUGAUUAUAGAGAAAGAGGUUAUGGUGGUCCUUCAAGAGGUGGUUAUGAAAGAGGUGGUGCUCCAAGACCUUCAAGAGAUGAAUAUACCGGACCUGGUCAUAGAAGAGAUGAUGAUGAUGAUAGAAGACCUGAUGCAAGAUCUGAUGGUGAUUCUUAUAGAGAUAUUUCUCCAAGAAGAGGUAGAGAUGAAUCUAAUAAUUUUGAAAAUGAUUCUAGAGAAAGACCAAUUUCAAGAUCAAGAAGUCCAAGAAGGGAUUAG